CAUUGGCUGACGGUAGGAGAAAAAGAAAAACGUGAACUGCCGAAAGAAGCUUGAACCGAAGCUCGUUUGCCUGCCUGUGUAUUGAAUUCACGACAAAAGGCGAGGUCAUUUACCCAGAUGAGCACGAAUACCUUUGAAAUGCUUUAAUUUCACUACCAAAGAUGGUAGCUAACCUUGAGUCAACUCGGGAAUUGAUUCAGCUCGCUAAACUCAACUACGGAGAAGAAUGCCUCUGCUGGAUGAAGAACUGCGAGUACCAGCAGAUUGACCCGCGGGCGCUGUCGGUGUCGCCGUCGUCGGCACAGAAUCACACCGAGAAGAAAGAGCAGCGCCCGCGGAGGAAAUGGGAAGUGUUCCCUGGGAAGAACCGGUUUUUCUGCGAUGGACGGAUCAUCCUGGCCAGACAGAGCGGUGUCCUUCCUCUGACACUGGGCCUUAUUGUUGUCACUUGUGGCCUUUUCUUUGCAUUCGAUUGCCCAUUCCUGGUGGAGCAUCUGACCGUUUUCAUACCUGUGAUUGGUGCGGUGCUCUUUGUGUUUGUGGUCAUCUCUUUGCUGAGAACCAGCUUUACAGACCCAGGCAUCCUACCCAGGGCCACCCCAGAUGAAGCUGCAGACAUAGAAAAGCAGAUAGAUACCUCAGGAUCCUCUACAUAUCGCCCCCCUCCGCGAACAAAGGAGAUCCUCAUCAACCAGCAGGUGGUAAAGCUCAAGUACUGCUUUACUUGUAAAAUGUUCCGCCCACCUCGGACCUCCCACUGCAGCCUGUGCGACAACUGUGUAGAACGAUUUGAUCACCACUGCCCAUGGGUGGGGAACUGUGUGGGCAAACGUAAUUACCGCUUCUUCUACAGCUUCAUCAUCUCCCUGUCGUUUCUGACAUCUUUCAUAUUUGGCUGUGUCAUAACACACAUUACUCUGCGUUCUCAAGCAGGUAAAAGCCUUGUACAGGCCAUUCAAGAGAGCCCUGCCAGUGUGGUGGAGUUGGUGAUUUGUUUCUUCUCCAUCUGGUCUAUACUGGGCCUCUCAGGCUUCCAUACAUACUUAGUAGCCUCCAACCUCACAACAAAUGAAGAUAUAAAGGGCUCUUGGUCAAGUAAAAGGGGUGCAGAGGAGUCUGGGAACCCAUACAGUUACAACAGCAUUAUAACCAACUGCUGUGUGAUGUUAUGUGGCCCCAUGCCCCCGAGUCUGAUUGACAGAAGAGGUUUCCUGCCUCCUGACGAGGCGAUCCCAGCUGCUUCUGCUUCGGAGAUAGAGCUGCCACUCUUUGCGGCCAAGAAUGACGCACACAUGUGCACUCAGAGCACCAAGGAUGUGCUGGAGAGGAUGGUCCACUCCUCUGACUUUCAUGGCCUGUGCCCCCCUGGCACCCCAAAGACCACCCCUGCUGGCCUGGAGGUUUCCAGCAUGCCAGCACCUUCCACAGAGUCGUCUCCCUCCACUGGCUGCUCACAACAGCAUGCUCGCCAUCCCUUGACCGCUCCUUGCCCACUGUUCAGCAGAAGCAGCAAGAGGGACUCGCUGCACUCCAUCAACCCAGCUUUCCGCCUGGCUUCUCCCUCACCGUCGCUGAGCCGUGCCAGCUUGAUUCUGGGCGAUGCACCCGACAUUGGCUUUAUCCCACUACCAUGAGUGUGCACCCAUAGGAGAACAGAAGGAGUUAGAGUGGACUUAUUCCACUGCUGUGUAUCACUGGCAAUGAUUUUGGCUACAAAGAGACUUUUUCACACUGGUGGUCAUGAUGUGUGUUGUCAUUUGGUUUCUCAAGAUGUCAUUCUGGUGAGUUGAUUAAGCAUUACCUGGAGGGUUCUUAUGUUCUGUGAGUUAUAUCAACAACAUCUUACUGUAUGUGUCCUUCAGGAAGGAGGUAAAUCUUAGUAACACUUGGAAGCACAAUAUAGAGAUAUUUUUUUAAACACCUUUUUAUUAAGACACCUAGAACAUGCCUCCACACCUUCCACAGAACCUUAAGCCAUACAUCACAGCUGCAGUGUUUGAGUUCCUGUUAAUAUCUUAUGCAAACAGGUCUUAAAAUCUGGGAAUACUUACAGUUUGACUGUGGAUGCAAGACGUACAGAAACAAAAGAUUUACUGAACUGGCAUGCUCUGGAUAGCAAGCCCGUUUAAGGAUGAUCAAUUCAAGAGUUAGCCUUAUGUCAUGUCUGAUCAUUUCCUGUCAUCUAGAUCUACAUCAGCCCGCUAUAAUUGGUUGGAUCCAGUUUGACUGUAGAUAAAUGAAUAAUCAGUUUGAAGGGGAGAACAAAGUGCAGUUUUUAUUUUAUUUUUAUUGUAUGCAUAUCAAAGUUUUUUUUCUGUAUUUUGUAAUCAGUUCUGUAUGUUUUGUACAUCCGAUGCUCUAAGGCUAAAUGGCAAAUAUCUUUCCUUUUUUUGAGGUGUAUCACUUUAGCAGACAAUAAUUGAAAGAUGAUACUUAAAACUGAGUUUUUUGAAAUUGAAUUUGAAUUUGUUCAGAUUUGUUCAUGUAUGACAGUAUACUAACUGACUGAAAUGUGUAGCAUUUAUACAUAUUGUAUAAUGUGUUUUUGUUGCUUUAUCUGAUUUCUUAGAUGUUAAAACCGAGUAUUUAAAUCAAAAUCAAAUUUGCUGCUGCCUGUCGGCUCUUGGAUUGGAGUAGUCAUCGCUGAAACACUGUGUCCUGUUUAUGUGAUUGACUGGGAUGCUUCCAGUAUGAGUGAGUAUCUGCUUUUUCUUUGCCUCAGGGCACAUCAUCAGUACACUACCUGUCAUGAGUGUGUUGGUGGCUACAGCAAAGGUUCGAUGUCUUGACCGUCUCAAGCCGACUAAUGUUUUAGGAACGUGGAUGAGGCCUCUUUUCAUGCAGGGCAAGCUGUCAUUUUCAUGGCUGUGACCUUUUGCUGCUCUUACAGCACGAAACUUAACACUCUAUCUGUGACGGUGGAGUACAGUUUCUUGUGGGUUAGGAGUUAGUUUGUGCCACUAGGGGGCAGGGUGUGAAUAAGGAUUGCAGCCUCCUCAGGGGAAUUUAGUAACAUGAAAAUCAUUAGAAGAAAGGCCUUUUGCUGUUUUAUUUAUUCUUUUUUCUUUGUAAUUGAGUGUUGAAGCUGUACAUACGUUUUGAGUUUGUGAAGAACCACCAUAGUUAGUAGGUCGUUCAUUUAUCAGUCUGCAUCAAGACCCUUAGUUUGUGUAGAGACCAUUACAAGCAGUGCUUGUAUGAACAAACUUGUUUGCAUUUUUUAGGAUGUAACAGUGGAACUUUAACAU